UCUAUCUCCGAAGCUCCGUCUGCAGUUGGUGGGACGUGAUACUGAUCUGCACUGAAGCUUACAGUACUCUCAUCUAAAAUGUAUUAUAAAGUCAGCGGAGUCACGGGGAAAUUAACGGGAGCGUCAGCGGCGUCAGCGUACAGUCCGCAGGGACUGAAGCCUGUUGUGCCCUCUCAGUCCCCUCCGAUGAUCUUUGCCUUGCCAACCAAGGUGGUUUCAGAGGCAGGGCCAGCAGUCCACUACAUGGGAAUAAACAAAGUACCUGAUCUGCAGAAGAUCUUCCAGAAAGCUGAUGGAGCACCAGUUCACCUGAAGCGUGGAGUAAUGGACAAAAUGCUCUAUAGGACCACAAUGGGCUUGACAAUCGGUGGAACCCUCUACUGUUUAAUGGCUCUCUACAUCGCUGCCCAGCCCCGAAAAACACAGUGACCUGCAUAAUUGAAUACAUAACAUUUAUGAGUAGGACUGAAGACAUGGACUAUUGUCAUUCUGCUCUCACAGUCACAAAGUCACCUGAUUACCAUUAUGCUAUUUCAUGUCCCUAAAAAUGCUUUUAUUUAUGAAAGUCACUUCCCAUUGGUUUUAGUAAUUGUGUUCCAAAGGUCAUGUGAUAAGUCUACAACCCAAUCAACGUUUUGAUAAAAUCAAUAGGGAUGAUGUUGAGAUGUUUCAUGUAGACAUGCAUAGAAGGGUUGUUGAGACAAACUGAGAUCUCUGCAUCCAGUCCUAAUUCUUCAGCUUGACAGACAGUGAAUGACGUCUUUGCAAUUUUUAUUUAGGAUAAUAAAUAUAUUUUCGUUGUUAAAA